AUGGACUUCCCUUGGAUGACACUCCACCCCCACCCCCUGGCCUUCAAGCUGGCCAGGUCGCUAAGUGGAAAGUUGGACAACCAGCCCGUCACAAUUGAAAGCCAUCUCGGAGGUGGCACCACUGAUUCGCAGAUGAUUCCCGCUCUUUCUUUGCACACAUUAAUUAUCACUUCCUGGCGAGAGUAUGUUACGCAUUCAUCUAGAGUUCAAUAUUUGUUUGGGUGUGCUUCUCUGUUGACAGACAAAGUCACCGACUGCUCCAACGCCCGCUGCAAGAUCGUCUUUGACAUCACCUGUCCGGCGGACAGCCUGAAGAUCGAGCCGCGGCAGCCGCCGGGGGAAUGCUGCCCUCAACCGGCCACCUGUCGCUGCGACUUUGCCUCCUGUCCCGACAUGAUGUGCGGCGAGGAGUACAACAAGGUCAUGGUGAGAGUGGCUACGGGUCAGCCGGGAAGCUGCUGUCAUCAGUACGAAUGCAAGCCUAAAGAUGUGCAGAGCUUACCAGCAUGCAGUGGAGUUGUCUGUCCAUCCGUGUCUACCAACCCAACAGUUUGCCCUCCGGGUACCAGACUAAUUCAGGGUGGUUUCACGCCAGACGGUUGCUGCCCAACACCAAACAGGUGCGAGUGCGUGCCAGAAAGCUGCGAGGUGCCCACCUGUUGGCCUGCAUUUUCCCCCAAGCGGGUUGCCACAGCGACGCUUGAACUGGGCCACUGCUGCGACACAUAUGACUGCGUCGCAGUGGAAGUCAUGCAGAAUUGCAUCCACGAGGACAUGCUCUUCAUGGAGGGCGCCACCUGGAACGUGGGCCACUGCAGAGUCUGCACCUGUCUGAACCAGACAGCCCACUGCGAGAUCACUCAGGCCUGCUACGCGGAGCAGAGCCUCCUAAUGUGCUACACGGACACCGGUCUGCGCACCCCCGGCGAGCGAUGGGACGAGGACGAGUGCACAAGCUGCCAGUGCCUGGAAGGGGAGAUCAGGUGCCAGACCGCCAGCUGUAUCACCAACUGCCUGAACGCGCGCAGGAUGCCGGGGAUCUGCUGUCCUGUCUGCGAAGAGCCAACAUUUGUCACCAUCUCAUCAGUGGAAUGCCCCAAGAUGAGCUGUUCAUUACAAUGUAACCAUGGCUACAAGCAUGAUGGCAGUGGCUGUAUGACCUGUGAAUGUGUCGAAGGAACCCCUGGUGUUUUGACGACAGUGACUCCGCCCACCAUCGUCUGCCCUGCCCUGGACUGUGCUCUGGUGUGUCCGCUGGGUCUUAAGAUGGACAGUGAUGGCUGUAGGAUAUGUGAAUGCAACACAGAGUCCUGCCCAGACAUGAUGGCCACCUGCCCCAAGUUUUGCCCCCUGGGCUACCGGAAGGACGAGAGGGGUUGCAGCCUGUGCAAGUGCCAGCGCAAGCAGGCCUGCCCAGACUCCGAACCCUGCGACAAGACGUGCUUGUAUGGCUACCAGUCUAGCCGCAACGGCUGCCUGCGCUGCAAGUGCCAGAACUGCCCCACCUUGCUGGAUUGUGCCAAGCAGUGCACCCACGGGCUGGAGCGUGACGACAGGGGAUGCGAGAUCUGUAAAUGCAAAGGCACCGCCCUGCCUACUCUCCGCCCAGUCACCUUAGGCUCCUGCCUGACACUAGACGGUCGUAUCCAUGACGACAGUGAGAUCUGGCAUGACGGUUGCCGGGAAUGUUUCUGCCACAACGGCAAGGAGAUGUGCUCCCUGAUUGCCUGCCCAGUGCCGGAGUGCAACCAGCCAACCAUCAGACAGGGUGACUGCUGCCCAACAUGUCCAGACUCAUUGGACAAUGGAAGCCUAGAGCCCGCCGUCAGCCACCGAGUCUGUCAGUCUCUCCGGGGGGAGUAUUAUAUCGAAGGGGAGACGUGGAACGCAGACUCCUGCACGGUCUGCGUCUGUCAUGAGAGCAGGGUCUUGUGUUCUACAACGGCCUGCCCUCCCCUGCCUUGCAACCAGCCUGUCAUGGGAGAGGAAGGAUGCUGUCCUGUUUGUCCUGACAACAGCCUGAAUGGGUCAGCCACGCCGGAUGACGUCCGGCCUCCCAGCAGCUGCCAGAUGGCCAGCGGCGUCUUCUUCGAGUCUGACGCCUCGUGGAAAGAAGACGAUUGCACCAGCUGUACGUGCCAAGAUGGCGAGGUCACCUGCUACUCCCAGGUCUGCACACCGGUGGAGUGCAGGGUACCGGUGCUCAAGAAGGGACAGUGUUGUCCUGUUUGCAUGGGACCUACUCCGAUGUCCCACUGCGAGUUUGACGGGGUGGUGUACGCAGACGGGGAAACCUGGAACCUGGACCAGUGCAUCCACUGCAUGUGUGAUAAAGGCAAGACGGGAUGCGUGGUACCGGACUGUCCGAACACCAGCUGCAGCAACUCCGUCAUUAUGCCCGGUGAAUGCUGCCCCCGUUGUCCAAAUGACACACCGAAGCACACAGAGAAACCAGCUGUUGAUAAUAAUGAAGUUCUUCUUGGUAAUGAUGUAGAUACACAACUCACGCCUAUCAUGCCCAACCAUGUUUUAAAUGCAAUAGAUUCCUCGUCCAAAACAACUCAAGAGAACAACAAGUCCUCGUCCAACUCCUCCAAGCCAUUCCCCGUGGUUCCCGUCAUCUUCUCCACGCUCGCCGUAUUCCUUGCCAUCUGCAUCAUCCUCAUCAUGCUACUCUACGUCACCCGGUGGCGCCACCGUCUCCUCUACCAGGUCACCAAGAAGGGAGCCCCGCCCCCAAAGGUCAUCCCCACGAAGCCCCCACCGCCGACGGCAACAGCGCCCUCGGCCAAGACCAUGAACGUGGACGUUAAGAACACAAACCGGGACUCGGUCCGCGACUCGGUCCGGGACUCCAUACGAGACUCGGCCAUUUUUAAGGACAAUAUGGCGGCCAAGAGCCACCUGGAGGUCGGGAUGGACGUCAAGCGGUUAAGCGAUUACACGAACGUGAGACCGGUUCCUGUCUGAUGGGGACCUGGGAUGAAUCUCAUUCAGAGUAUUUUUUUAUAGCUAAGAAAUGUAAUUAAUUGUAGGUUUCUCUUUUUUCUUUUACUUUUUUAGGUCUUGAUGGGGGAGGGGGAAUUUUCCCUUCUAUAUUUUGUAUGGGAAAAAUAACACUUAUAAUCUUCCCAACCUCUACAUAACUGUUAAGAAAGUAAACAGGACCCAAUUUCCGGAAGGUGUUAAGCCCGGUUCGUACUCUGCGCGAAGGCGAACGCGAACGCGAAUUUGUGACAUCGUGGGGAGUAUUCGCGCUGCGAAUUCGUAAAGGUUUAUUAUACAACGCUAUCACACUUUAGCAUAAUGGAAUGGUCUGCACUGCCACUGAGGCAACAUAAUUCGAGUUGAAAUAUAUAUUAUAUUUCAACUCGACGAAUUUCGCAUGAAUGUUUCAUGACGUCAAAUUCGCUUCGCAUUCGCAUGAUGUAUGAACGGGGUUUAAGCAGAAAAUAAUGCUAAGCAUAUUUGCGUAAUAAUCAAGUGGGAAAUUGAUUCAGUUUAACAAGCAAUAAAACUCUGCAUAAUAGUUUGGCUUGCAACUUAUUCUUGGUAAGCACACAUUGUCUGUGCAUAACCCCAUGAAAAUGUGCUCCCCUUAAUAACUGUAUCAUAAUAAAGUUUUUAUGGGAGUAGGAACAUGAACCAAGGUUUCUGUAUUGCUCGUGUCCGUAAAUUCCAUAACUUGUAAUUGAGAUUGAAAUUCAUUUAGUUCAAGUUUAAAAUAUAAUGAAACUUUUUCCAUUUUUAAUUUGUAUUUUUGUGGUAUUAAGGAUGCAACCAAAGUUGUUCUGAAUUACAGUGACCGUGACAUGACAAAAAACAAAUCAUGAAGACAAUUUCCUGUCAUGUUCGGUUUGUUUUUAGGUAGUGCAAACUUUUUUUCAAGUUUGUAAAUUUCGUAGUAAACUUUCAUCAACUCCUUAUGUUUAUAAUCGACAAAGUGAAGUAUUGAGUUUUGAAAACAGGGUUGCUUUGGGGUUUUUAAUAAUUAAAAAAAAACACCGCCAAAGUUGCUACUAGAGCUGUGAAGUUGAACCUCAGGUUUGAAAAACUGAGGUCACGAUGUGAAUUUACGAGAAGCUCUUAAAAGCUCGAUGAUAUCCAUCUGUUAUAAGAUGAGUUGAUUUUCGAAACCAAGAGUGUUGCCUUUAUAUUGAUUCAGCGAGCUUGGUUAGCACAAUUUUAUCCACUAAAAAAGUUUUGUGCUGGUGAUCAGCAUUAUGUGCUUACAGUGCCUGCAAGAAAUCUACUGUCUAAGCACAUUAUCCUAAGAAGUCUAAACGGGCUCAUGUCUGACAACGGCAGAUGGUGAUUACAAGUCUGAGAUCAGACAGCGCAUCUUUGGCCUUAUGACCUGCAACGAAGAGGUCAAAUUUAUUUAAAUACCCAUUUGCAUAUGAAAAGUGCACCGUGUUCCUAUUGACAUGAUGCUGGUUAUUAGCUGGCCAAUCAGAUUAAAGGUGCAUCGGCACGGCGACCAAUAGGAUUUGAGAAUUGUUAUGACAUUGCCUGUCCUAAUAGACAUGUUUGACAAGGUCAAGUUGCCAGUCUAAUUCCUUAGUUAUCAAUCUGCGCAGGAAGAGUUCCUUGCUAACCUGUCAAAUAAACAUAAAUUUCUGGGAUUUUCAAGGAUUCUUUGCCUACCGUAGGCAGAACUAAAUGUGAUCCAGAUGAUUUUCAGAAGGGCUGAAAAUCUAGCUCUUGCAAUGAUGUCAAAAUCACAAAGGAGUAUCUGUCUUAUUUUGACAUUGAACGAACCCAGGCGCAGGAUUUUUUUUUUUUUCACAAACCUCGAUGCCAGACAUGUCCAGGCCAUCAUCUGCUGGUAGCACACCCUGAUAUUUCCGGCCUCGCUCGCUGCGAGCGGGUCACUGACAGAUUUGUCCGGCCUCACUUGGCGUGUUUAUCUGUCAUGCAAAACCUUUGCGUAUAUAUACACGUCAUCCGACAUGAACUGGUUAAAGGCAACAAGCGCUGUAGGCACACUUUUGGCAUAAUGAAUGAAAAACUCAUUACAGCUCAUACAGGACUAACUCUUUUUUUAAUUUUUUUUUUAUUUAUUUUAAUUUUUUUUUAAUAUGAGUUAGUUUCCAUCAAAAAAGGUAUUCAAUGAGAAAGUCUAUAAAAAAUAUCCACAUAGUUACAGGAUCUCUUUUUUUUUUCUUAUCAUAAUUAUUAUGCCAAUGUAUUCAGAUGCUUGAUGUUUUCCAAUCGAAACCACCUUAUUCCGUAACCUGUAAAUAGUAAUCUGUAAAUAUUUGAAAACUUGAUAGUGCCAUGUAUGGUUUUUUUUUUUUUUUUUUUUUUUUAUCUUUAAAUGACAAAUUAAUAUUUAUGGAACUUUACUUGAAAUUGGACAAGAGCAGCAUUAUUUGUUAAGUUUGUUUGUUUGUUUGUUUGUUUGUUUGUUUAUUCGUGUACUGUACAUGUUAGUGCAUUUGCUUUUACAUGGUAAUGUUUAGCCCUGGUCCGGACCUGACCAAAUUUCAUAGCACUGCUUAACAGUUAACAGAAAAGUUGUGCUUACUAUAGCGGAAAAUCAUGCUGCUGCUUAAGCGCUAUUUCAUGGUAUGGAUGUGCUAACGGUUGUGCGCGCAUGCAGAUUUCUGUUACAUCACUGAUUUGAGAGCCUUUUUCCUCUGUGGUUAAGCGUGCUUUUGCUGCGCUUACUGCUUACAGUCUCUAUGAAAUAGACGGAGGCUCACUAAGCACAAUAUCGGCUGUUAAGCAGCGUUGUAAAAUUAGGCCCUGGGCUGAAUUUUACCAGUGUAGAGCCCUGGACAAGUGUACUAGUGAAGGCUUGAGGGUUCCCCGAAAAUUCUUGAGUUUCGACCCGCAUCCGACCUGGAGAUUUCGGUUAAUUGGGAAGGGCCUGUUAAGAUGGAUUUAUAAUUUUCUUUUUGUAAUUAAUUUCAUUAAACAGUUAAAAGCAAAAUUCUUGUAAUAGGUGCAUUGGCACAUGUAUUCCAAAGUCGCCAAAAACUUGAUCGGACUUUCAGCUUAUUAAACAGUUAAUGAAGAGUUACAAAACUUCUUUUUUUGGUUUCGAGGGAUUGUAACAGGAUGUAUAUUAAAGUACAUCAUUACUAAUUUGACUGAUUGGACAUGUUACGACAGGCAAAACUCUUGCCUUUGGGUGAUACUAACUUCCCUGUUUAUUAGACCAUGAGUUUAACAACUGUUUUAUAGUGGAUAUUAUAUUUUAUUGAAAAUUAAGGCCAGUGGGUAAUUUCACUGGUAUCAACAGCACCCACAGUGCGGUGAAAUUCAGCCGGUACAUGCUAAUUUUUAGAGUGCCCUUAUUGGACAGUUUAUUUGUAAUAAAUGACUACAGGGAAGGUCAGAGGAGCAUGCUGGGAUUGUUUUAACAUUGGAUGUUGCUCUUCACAUGUUAUAAGCACUGUGUAUCCAUGCUUUCUGAGAGAUUGUCAGCAAAACUUCUCAAGCUUGCAUUGGUGGGACUCCAACCCAUGACCUCCUGCUUGCUAGUGCUGUGGUCCUAGCCACUCAGCUACCAAGCUUUCCAUGGUCAACUGGCCAGUUCGAAUCCAGUUUAGCCGAAGGUUCCACAAUCAACAACUUUGGAUGGAAUUUCAAUACCGAGUUUUGCCGCUCAUCUAUGUUAAAGGUAAAACAAGCUCUCAACAAAAAUCACUGAGCUCACAGUGCUUGUAGCAUUUCGUUGAAGAAAGUUUAAUGUGAUAAAAUGUGCAAGGGGAGUGGAAAACGGAAAAGAACACCGAUUAUUUUAAUACAUAAACAACUCUUGCAUUAAAAUGUACAGAUGUUAUGUAGGCCUACAGUUGUAUAGAAGAACCGAAUCAUCUAUUUUGCAUUUUCAGAUCUGCAUAUAAUUUAGAUAUUUGCAAAAACUACUACUAAAAAAACUCAUUCUACUUAUUACUCCAAAGACAAUCGUUGUGUACAGCUUGAUUUUAAUUUGUGUGUGUGUGCUUGCUAAGUGUAACCAUGUGUCAAACAGGGUCAAUAUUAUUUAGGAAAACAAGGAGUGUUUUUUUGUUUUUUUUUCUUUCUUUAAAAAAAAAUCAACUCAUGUACUGGAAUUGUUUAUUGAAGCAUUUCCUUUUUUGAAGAAGAAGAAUUAUAGAACACUCAAAAUUUUGAUACAAGAUUUACAUGUAUAUAUGAGAAGCUGGCAAGUUGUUGUUUUGCAAGAGGUUUUUUUAUUUCCGUGCCAGAAAAUUGUGUUUGUGGUUUUGCGGCAGCCAAGAAAAAUGGAUUUGUUUGUAUAAUAUGUAAUUAAAAUGCAAUAAUGCCUUGCAUAGAUGUAAUAGUUGUAUCCGCCAAUAUGGAUGAGUAAAUAAAAUUUACUGAGCUUUUGAGACGUGAACAGAUA